AAAACAUGGCGGAUUAGUGUGUGCAUGGGUUCCGCUACUUGCCAGCCUUCUUCGAUACAUCUAAGCCUAUUUCUCCCAGCCAAGGAUAUAUUGUUGAACAGGUCAACAUGUUCCGUCGGUCAAGAUUUAGUGUCCGGCCCAAUGUUGGAGCUACAGGGAAAACAGCAGCAACAUCUCAGGAAUCCCCUUCAGCAAGUCAGGAGACCAGUGAGACCCCUAAGGACGCCGGUGAAAGCUCCACUGCUACUGCGACAGAUAACAAGUCUGUUGUGACCCCCCCAGAAACCCCUACAGUCCCAGGGGAUGGUAAUGAUCAACAUGUGGAAAGUACCAGCUCCUCAGCAGCCCUCCAGAGAAGGAAGCGGUUUUCCAUCAAGCCUAAAGUGGCCCCAGGCCGCCCCUCCAUUGGUACUCGGACAACAAAAUCCCAUGUCAAAGCAGCCUCUGAAACUCCUGUUGAAGCCCCUGUUUCAGCCCCUCAGAGACUCCAGUCCCCAAGGCGAAGGAGACCUUCAGAAGAGAGCAAGCAGCCAAAAAUUGAACCUAAACCCACCGCCAUCCUUUCAGAGCCUUCAGUCGUACCUACAGCUGAGGACUCUCCAGAAAAAAAUGGCAAAGAAUUAGAAAACAUUUCAGCCAGUCAAGGAAAAGAAGCUUCUUUCAGUCUCCCGGAUAAAGUGCGCCCCUCUCUACCAGACAAAGAAGCUAUUGCAAUAUCAGAGAAAGCCAGGACUCUAGUGUCAUCUAAGAGUAGGCUUUCACUGUCAACACCAGCGUUCUCCCUGAGCCGACUCCUGAAUGACCCGUCAGACUUACAGAGGCUUGCAAAGGCCCAAAAACUCAGAGACCUGCUGAGAGAGGAGAUGCACAAAGAAAAGAAAACCAAGCGACCUAAGAAACAUGUAAAGGAAUUUGAUUUAGAUCCUGCCAAAAUGACCAUGAGGGACCUUAUCCGUUACCUACCACAGUCUAACCCCAUGACGUCUAGUUUGGAAGAGUCAGUGGUAGAGGAUGAGACUGUGGUCCCACCUUCUCCAGGAGGAGAAACCGUCCCAGAGAAAGCGAAGGAACCCGAAUUCGUACCAAAAAUGCCAAACCUUAAUAAGAAGGAAGCGGAGGCCGAGGCGGAGGCCGAGGCGGAGGCAGAAGCAGCGGCGAAUGAGGAGGAGGACGAGGAGGAGGAGGAGGAGGAGGAGGAUGAUGCUGUGAUGGUUCCUCAGGUCAAAGUAGCAGAGGACGGCACACUGAUCAUUGAUGAAGAGAGCUUGACGGUGGAAGUCCAGCGAGCCAAAGGGCCAAAUCCAGCUAAUGAUCGAGACCCCAUCUUUGAGCGCGGCUCCACUACAACUUACUCAAGCUUCAGGAAAGGGACCUACUGCAAACCCUGGUCAAGCGAAGAGACAGACAUGUUCUUCCUGGCAAUAAGCAUGGUGGGAACAGACUUUUCAAUGAUUUGCCAACUGUUUCCUCUGAGAGCACGAUCAGAGAUAAAGAACAAAUUUAAAAAAGAAGAGCGAGAGAAUUCCUGGAGGAUUGACAAAGCUUUCAGAGAAAGGCGCAAACUGGACAUUGAGUACUUUUCUAAACUGUUAGAAAAGAUUCUGGAAGUUCAGAAAAACAGGAAGAAACUGAAGGCAAUGGCUGACAAGAAACCUCCAAAGGAGCGCAAGAAAAGAGGAAAGGGCCGAAAAAAAGCUGGGAAGAAGCUGAGUGUUGUGGAGGAGGGAGAUGAAGAAGAAGAAGAAGAAGAGCAGAAUGAAAAUCCUGAUUUGGAGAAAGAGGGAGAGAAGGAGAAUGAGGACCUCUGUAACGAGGCCGGAACCGCUGCUGUGAAGCCUAAGAAAAAGCUCAAAAGAAAGAAUCCCCCGACUGAGGAACCAAAGGACAAGAAAAUCAAAAUGGACGAAAAGAGCAAUGAACAAGAUGAGGCCUUUAUACCUGGCGACAAAGAGGCAGCACUUCCUGAGGACUGUCCAAAUUCAGACAUGUCUGAAAAGACCAAGGAUGGCACAAUCAAGCCAGCCAAACUUUCACGAGGCAGAGCACCAAAACCACUGCUGCCAUUGAGCCGGAAGAGGGGUAAAAAGCACCCACCUCCCUCCACCAAGACCAAAGAUGAUGCAUCAGAUGAAGGAGAGGAGAGUGUGAUUGAUGGAGCAUCCACAGAGCAGGUAAAUAAAGAUGCAUCACCCUCAAGGCAAGACAAUAACAUUAAGUCAGCCAAUGAUGAUCCUUCUGAAGAGGAUGAAACCACCGAUCAACCUCCAAAACCCACCAGGUAUGGAAGAGUGCCUAAACCCACCCAGCACUUGAAAUACUCUGCCAAAGAGGAGGCACCCUCCUCUGCAUCCGAAACCACUCCUGCCUCACCAGAAGCGUCCACUGCUUCUGCUGCCAGGCCUAAACCCAAAUCCACAGCCAAGAGGGGAAGACCAUCAAAGCAGCAAUCCUCCCAAAAGUCCAAAAAGCCUAAAUUAGUUACCCUCAGGGCUUCUCAGUCAGAAUCCAGUGAUGAAGAGGGGGAAACUCAGCGAGAAGAAGAAGAUUUGGAGGAGGAACAGCACGCUGCAUGCAGCCCAAGUAGGGACAGCUAUGCCCCCGUGUUUGUGCCUGCCAGCCUUCGCUCACCACAACCUGUCAUUUCAGAAGUGGAAGAGACAAUGGAGGAGCUUGAUAUCUUGGCCACUAUGCCUGAUGUGUUGGGCAUAUCCCAAAAUGCACUGUGCCCUGAUGACUCUUGCGAGCGGGCACAAAAAGAAACAGGCACAGCUGAACCCUGCGAACAUCAGCUGGACCUGCUCGUUGACGUUAUUGACUUCCUUUCUUCGGACCAUGCAGAAGUAUCUGAGGAUGUGAGCUACAAUGAGGCUGCUCAAACCCUGUUGACCAUCGGCAACCUGGCUCACCUCUCACAGUCAGCACAGAAUCAAAUAGCAAUACAAGAUAACUUAACAGGGACAACAUCAGACGAACAGCUAGAAGAAGAGGUUGCAUCAAAGAUUGAAGCAGAAGAGGAAAACAGUGCCAUUCCUGUUAUGUCUGCUACUUGUGUUAAUGAAGUCACAGAAACGUCAGACGGAGUUACCACAGUGGAGCUAAAAAACAUAGACAAUAAUGACAUCGUCAUUCUUGAAUCCACUGAUCAGAGGACAGGUUCUGAUAUGGAUCCUACCUCUCAAUUGACCUCAAAGACAGAUUGUCCACCGACCAGGAGAGCACGAUUAUCCAAGGUGAAACCAAAACCUAACCUAGGCCACGCUUCAAGGACUGCUCAGUCGAAAUUACAACCGGAGACAUCAACAGUAAGGGCAGUUGUAGAAAGCCCAUCGGAUGCUCCUGACCUUUCUCAAGCCCUUUGUCCUGGUCCUGCUUUGGAUAUGAUACCAUCAGUACAUCUAGCCUCUACUCCUACUGUCACAGAAGAAUUCUCAGGUGCAACAACAUCACAACGGCAUGGCGCAGAAAACCAGAACAUCUCUGAAUCCCAGUUUGAAAUCAGAAGGGAACUGGACACAAGGUCAACAUCUGGGUCAACAGAUGAAGUAAGGAUGUCUCAUGUUGGGACAUCUGAGAUGAGUUGUAAUAAUCCAAUGAUAUCUGUUGCAACAGCCACAGAAUUGCAUAUUUUGGAAGGGUCAAACACAGGCUCUGUCCAGGAGAGCGACAGCCAUCCUACUUCAUAUGUUACACCUUUAGAAGACUUACCUGUCAUUGAGAAAGAAGGGACUGACUUAGCAUCUACUCACCAGAGUGGGAAGAGGCGAUUCCAGAAAUUCAAACCUAUUCUCAACCUCCCUCAGACAUCAAGGGCAGUACGUUCUAAAGCUCAAACCACAAAAGAAACCCUAGAGAAAGACUCAAAGUCCACUCCCAAACCCAAUGUCACUGAAAAAACAAUAGCAGAGGUUGGUGCUGAGCCAACUGUCACCACGUAUCCUGAAAAAUUCAGUCCAAGUCAUGUUCCUUCUUCAGAUUUGAUCCCAUCAUUGGAUCUUGCCUCUACUGUAACACCCACUGAAGAACUGUCUACAACUGAGGAGAAAAAGACAGAGGUUAGUGUUGUUGGUCAAGAAGCAUCAGGUGCAACAACAUCACAACAGAGUGCUUCAGAAAAACUGAAAAUCAGUGAAACACAGUUUGAACCCAGGAUGGAACAGGCCACCAGAGACACAACGCCAACAUGUCAGUCCUCAGAUGAAGUACUGAUCACUAAUGUUUGUACAACUGAAAGUAGCUCUAAUAAUACUCUCACUCUCGAAGAUAGUGCAGUCGCAUCCACACGCCAGGCCAAGAAGAGUCGAUUUCAGAAAGUCAAACCCAAUGUUAACCUCCAACAGACAUCAAGGACUGCACGUUCUAAAGCUCAAACCACAAAAGAAGCCGUAGGGAAAGACUCCAUUGCAACUCCAAAACCCAGUGUUGCAGAGAUUGAUGCUCAGCCACCUUGCACCGCCUCUACUGAAAAACCAAGUCAAAGUCAUGUUACUCCUUCAGAUUUAACAUCAUCCUUGGAGUUGGCCUCUACUCUUAAUCCCACAGAGGAACAGUCAGGUAUAUCAGGUGCAACCACAUCACAGCAGAGUGCCUCAGAAAACCAGAACCUCACUGAAGCUCAGUUUGAAACCAGAAGGGAACCGGACACUAGAGACACAAGGCCAAUAUCUGAGUCAACAGAUGAAGUACAACUGUCUCAUGUUUGGACAACUGAAAGUAGUUGUAAUAAUCCAUUGACAUCUGAUGCAGUGGUUGCUGAACUGCAGAUUGGACAAGGGUCAAACACAGACUCUAUCCAAGAGAUCGACGGCCAUCCUGCGCCAUGUGUGAUAACUGUUGAACAGUUACCUGUCAGUGAGACAGAAAAGAGUGGAGUCAAAUCUACAACUCAGGCAAGGAAAAAUCGAUUCCAGAAAAUCAAACCCAAUCUCAACCUAGCACAGACAUCAAGGACUGUACGUUCUAAAGCUCAAACUACAAAAGACACAGUGGAGAAAGACCCAGACUCAACUCCAACUACCAAAAUCCAUGAAAAAACAAAAGCAGAGGUCGAAGCAGAGCCAACUUGCACCACCUCUCCUGCUGAAAAACCAUGUCACAGUCCUGGUCCUUCUUCAGAUUUGAUACCAUCAUUGGAGUUGUCCUCUACUCUCACUCCGAAAGAAGAACUGUCUGGUAUAUCAGGCACAAAAACAUCACAGCAGAGUGCCUCAGAAAACCAGAAUCUCUCUGAAGCUCAGAUUGAAACAAUAAUGGAACUGGACACCAAAAACACAAGACCAACAUCUGAGUCAACAGAUGAAGUAAACAUGUCUCAUGUUUGGACAGCUGAGAGUAGUUGUAAUAAUCCAGUGACAUCUGACACAGCAGACACAGAACUGCAGAUUGGAAAAGGGUCAAACACAGACUCUGUCCAAGAGAGCAAUGACCAUCGUGCUUCAUGUGUGAUAGCUGUUGAAAAGUUAGCUAUCAAUGAGAAAGAAAAGAGUGAAGUCAGAUCUACACCUCAGACAAGGAAAAGUCGAUUCCAGAAAGUAAAACCCAAUCUCAACCUAGCACAGACAUCAAGGACUGUACAUUCUAAAACUGAAACCUCAAAAGACACCAUAGAGAGAGACUCUGAAUCAACUCCAGCUACCAAAAUCCAUGAAAAAGCAGAAGCAGAGGCAGAGGCAGAGCCAUCUUGCAGCACCACCCCUUCUGAACAACCAAGCCAUAGCACUGCGUCAGUAUCAGUACAAUUAUUGCAAUCAGACUCCACUCAUACAGCCAUGGAACAAUUAUCUUCAACUGAGCAAAACAAAGAUGUUGGAUGUGAACUAGAGUCAAGAUUAAAGGGCUCUGAACAAAGUGGGGCUCAAAGAAGGCAACGCUUUCCCAAGGUCAAACCCAAACCCAAUGUAGGAUCAACUCCUAGAACUACACGCUCAAAACUGCAGUCAAAUGAUAUCAGUAAACCAGCAGCGCAGUGUCAUAUGGAAAUGUCUUUAACCACAGAACAACAGCCUUCUGAUAAGCGUACAUCCUCUGAGGGCUUUGUCAUAGCAACAUCCUUGGUUGGAGAACAUCAGUCUGUGUCCACACACUCAGCUCUUGAAAAUAAGAGUAGUGAAAAACUCACAGUAGAGGAGGAAUCCACAGGGGACACAACAUCAAAUAAUGAUAAGGUAGAGGCAGGACCUGGUUCAAGAAGUGAGUGCCAACAGGACAUGGCCUUCAAAGCCACAGAGAGGAUUAUAAGACCAACAGAAUAUCCAACAACAGUUUCUGAUGUCCAGUCUUCAGGAGAUGCUUCAACAGAGUCCCAAAUUGACUUGAUACUCUCUACUAAUACACACUCCACACCACAUCCAAAAGAAAGCACUCAGGAGCCACCUACAGGAAAUGACUCUGAGGCACCAAGUCAAGCUGCAGUCCAACACUCUUCUGAAACCAAUGAAACACGUUUCAAAAGCACUGAUGAUAAACAGCCAGAGCCAACAGACUCUCCCUCAAGGAAAGCUCCCCCGACUCGUAAAGCCCGACUUAUUAAACCCAAACCCACCCUGGGACACAGCAGACGACCUCCACAACCCAGACACGUCCAGAAUACAGAAGCAGAAGCAGAUGUUCGCUCAGAAGGUUUGGAUGAUGCAGUUCGCCCCAAACUUGUGGCUGAACUCCUACCUGACAUCCAGAAACCAGUAGAGGGCGCCAUUGAUCAAAGUAGUAACAGAAUUCCCUCUCCAAACGAUGCUGAGACCUCUGGAUUGUCUACUGGUUGUGUGACACAAGUACCUGACAUUUCUACUCAGGAUGCAUCAACAUCAUGUGCAGGAGGGACCCAAAGUCCUCCAGGCCUCACAGUAUUUCCAGACGUGAUGUCGCCUCAGAAUCCUUCUGAUCCAGACGAACCGUUCUUCAUCCUCUCUCUGACCGAGAUCCCAGUCAGCUCAUCUGGGGAGGUGGUGGGCAGUGUGCCUGGGCCCCUCCCUUAUCUUCCUGUAACAGAUGCUCCAAUAGAGCGGCAGAGUCCUCCCCUCCUCAUCAGUGUUCCAGCAGAGAGUUUGCCAACAGCAGAAGACCAGCCUCCACCUAAUGUCACUGUCCCUGUGAAGGUCAGUGGUGAGACAGGCCUCAUAAAUGUAAAAGACCCAGCUGAUGGUUCAACUGAGGGGAAUCAAGUGGACCCACAUGAGAGAACUACAGUUCAUCCUUCUGCAGUACAAGAGACUGGAGAGAAUAAAGAUGAGACUGCAGUUCCUCCUAAGGAAAGACAAACAGGCACUAGAAGAAGAGAAACGGCCAAACCACAGGUGAAGCCCAAAACUUCAAAGAGGAAACAAACCAGCAAGACUGCCGCUGCCAAGCAAGCUGAGUCAAUCCCCGUCCAAUCAGACGCUCCCGAGCACUUAGAGCUCCCUGGGCCUUCUGUGCAUCCAGAAGCUUCUCAUGACACUGAGCCACAGAAAGGAAGUGCUGAUCAUGUAGACGUUGAAAAGGAGACUCUGACAGGUGGAGUGGACCCUGAGGACACAGGAACAAAACCUACACGGAGUCCUCGGAAUAGAAAAGCAAAGGAUUCUAACCCUGGCAGAGCAGCUUCUAAGGGCCCUCAGGUGAAAACUCCACGCGCAAAAGGAAAAAAAUCAGCUGUAGCCUCAACACCACGUCAUGCCACCCCACAACCUGGUCCAAUCCUGGUUGAACAUGCUUCUGAUCACAGCCGACUAUCUGACCAAAGUCCCAGCACUUCCCUGUGUCCAGCUGAGGGUUCAUUUUUUCAGCGUAGUGAAUAUCUGGAAAGCAGCUCUAUAGAGGAAGAGCCCACCAAUGUUUCUCAGUACUUCCUCAGUGACAUUUUUACAGACGUGGAAGAGGGGUGAAAGCUGUGAAGAGUUUGAGAAAGAGGAGGAACCCACUGCUCUUUUUACAUUUCUGUUGUGUUAAGUUAUGUCUGUACAGAUUAAUUUAUAACUAAGUUGUUUUUGUUGUCAGCUGUAAGUUAAUGAAGCUAUAUUUGCUAUUCUUACACAAGCACUUUGACUAUGUACAGUUGUUUCAAUCGACUGAGAAGCAUUUUAAAAAGGCUGUAUCUCAAAAAAUUAGUAUUAAAUGGUAUAAACUAAUAACUCAAACACUGGCAAAUCCCUUUUUUUCAUUAAAUGUGGCAGCAUUUUUACAAUAAUCCAUUAUGUUUCAAGCCUUGAAUACCUUUUACCUGAGAAAUGUAAAUAUUGUACACUGGCUUUUUUGAUGUUCUUUUUCAUAUCUGUUCCACGUUAAUACAGACCAUAACAAUGGUCUCUGGAAGAAAAGACCCAGAUUACUUGAUCAUGUACAGCUGUGCAUUUAAACAAUAUGACUGUUUUUUAUAAUUCCUCAUCUGUGUAUUCAGUUUAUUGUUUUUGCUUCUUGUAUUUGACAAAAAAACAAUGUCUUAAAAUGUGCUAUUCAUUUAGAAAACUGAAUAUCCUUUUAUUUAUAUGGCAUCAUUCUAUCUUGCCAACACACCGUAUGUAAAGUUAAGGUUGUCAACUUUCAUUUCAGAUAUUCUGCCGGCCAGCUCUCAUUAAGACCUUUUGUUGUACUGUACAUAAUGUUAAAGAGGUCCUUGUACAGAUUCCAAACAUUCAUUUUAUGUUUGAUACUUGAAACAAAAGCACAGCAUGUGUUAUGUUAUGUUUUAUAAGUUCAUUAAAAUAAAACAUGGAAUUCUGAAA